CAGGAACGCAGGUGCAGCAGCAGGUAGGUAUGGCAUUAACCAGAAUACAGGCCAGGUGCGGAUGCAGGAACAUAGGUGCAGCAGCAGGUAGGUAUGGCGGUAACCAGGAUAUAGGCCAGGUGCGGAUGCAGGAACGUAGGUGCAGCAGCAGGUAGAUAUGGUGGUAACCAGGAUACAGGACAGGUGCAGCAGUGUCAGACAAGCCGGUUCAGGAUCAGUCAGGCAGAUCAAGUACAAGGGAGCAGGCAAGCGAAUAGUCAGGGAUAAGCUAAGCUGGGUCAGUGCAGGCGGAGUUCUUUCUUAGUCAGGGUCAGAUCAGAAAGAGGCAACAGAAUCAGGUUAUGAAUUACAGGACGCUG